AAGCGUCCUGGCUUCGCGGCACUCGGAACUCAGCGCGCGUGGCCUCGUUCGUGCAGUCGCCAUGCCCGCCGACAUCAGCCAGUGGGCCGGGCCGCUGAGCCUGCAGGAGGUGGACGAGCGGCCCCAGCACGCUCUGCGUGUCGUCUACGCCGGGGUGGAGGUGGACGAGCUGGGCAAAGUGCUGACGCCCACCCAGGUUAAGAAUAGGCCCAGCAGCAUUUCAUGGGAUGGCCUGGAUCCAGGGAAACUCUACACCCUGGUCCUCACAGACCCGGAUGCUCCUAGCAGGAAGGACCCCAAAUUCAGGGAGUGGCAUCAUUUUCUGGUGGUCAACAUGAAGGGUAAUGACAUAAGCAGUGGCACGGUCCUCUCGGAUUAUGUGGGCUCUGGGCCUCCCAGUGGCACAGGCCUGCACCGCUACGUCUGGCUGGUGUACGAGCAGGACAAGCCACUGAGCUGUGAUGAGCCGAUCCUCAGCAACAGGUCUGGAGACCACCGUGGCAAGUUCAAGGUGGCGGCCUUCCGCAAAAAGUACCACCUGGGCGCCCCGGUGGCAGGCACGUGUUACCAGGCAGAGUGGGAUGACUACGUGCCCAAGCUCUACGAGCAGCUGUCUGGGAAGUAGGGGCGCUGCAGAGGCCAGCGGUCCCGGGGAGCCCCACAAUAUUGUCAAGCUGUGCAAAGCAUGCCAUUUCUCCCCUUCCUUCCCAGCCCUCACAGGGAGUCCUGAGCCUGCUAGGAUAGAGGUUUAGGGUGAGUCUUCUUGCCGCCCAUCCUUAGAUUCUAGAUAGUCCCAUCCCAGCCUGUGUUCUGUUAGGCUCCAUCCGGGGGUGUUUAGGAUUCUGAUGGAGUCCUUAUAGUGUUGAUUUAGGAAGCGCAACUCUGGAAAAGAAGAUUUCUGCCAGGACCAGGACCACAGGGAGAGGGCCGGGGCCUGUGUUGUCUGUAAGUGCUUUAACAAGGAGACUCGGUCCAGAACCAGGCACCGUGGCAUCCUUUCAAGGGUCUUUCAGGGUCCUGUUCCGCGACUGAGACAACCCAAGCCUCCCAUCUCAGCUAAGCCCUGACAGUUCAGCUUGGUCUGGUGGCUGCACGGGUGUUGGUGUCCUGUAGCUCUAAAGGACAGGGCUGCCGUGCGGAGGUGUGGCCCUGAGCGAGACCCUGCUAAGCUCGUUGCUUCUCAGUGCUGUGAGCAAAAGUCACUGGAGUUGCUGGGUACGUUAAUCCUGUUUGUCGUCAAAUAAAAAUAAAGGCAUUGGAAUCAGA